AUGCAGACGGAACAAUAAAUCAAUUGGUUCAAGAUAAUGAAUGAAAUGCUUAUUGUUUCUAAAGAAUAAAUUGAUGGUGUGAAAUAGAGUAGAGUGAUGAAAUUGUCAUCCAGAUUCGAUGAUUAAUGGAAUUAUUUGUUUGGUGUGUUACAAAAUAAUUUAUUUAUUAUUGAAACAACGAAUCAGAUGAAAAAUCAACAAACCUCAACAUUAAACUGAAUUUAAAGUGGAAAGAAUGAAAGAUAUUAAUGGGCUUAGCAGGUGAGGGAUUAUAGAGAAGGAUUCAAAGAGAAAGGCAGAUUAGUAUUAGAAUCCAAAUAUUAUUUUGGAUAACCAUAUAUAAUAGAGUUUUUUGAUAAUCCUUUUAUAACUGAAAGAACUGAUUUUAUAUUGAAGGAGUUCUCCAGAAUUCAUAUUCUUCUUAAAGCGAAAUUUUCUAUAAAGGAAGGCCAUAAUGGAAGAACGCCUAAUUAUUCACACUUUAGGCAGAGAAAUAAAUGCCUUCAUUAGGGUGUCGUUGAUUAGAAGAUGAUUAGAGAAGAUAGGUAGAUUUACUAAGAUUAACAGAGUAAAAAUAUAAUUGAUUAUUAAAGGAGUGCCGACAAUCAAGGAUUAAAAGUGA